AUGGCAGAAGGAGGUCCUCCACCAGCAGCAGCAGCAGCAGCAGCUGCCGCCGCCGCGUCUUCUUAUUCAUAUGAUGAUGUCAAUGGAGAAUUUCUCAAGAGUUUAAUGGAAAUGGGUAUUCAUCAAGAAACUGCUAGACAGGCGUUAAAAAUUGUUAAUAAUCGAAGUUUGGAAGAUGCUUUGGCUGUUGUUUUUGGUGAAACACCUACUUUUUCUGCAGAAUCCAUGAUAUCAACUAGUGGAGCUAGUAUAGAACAGACUACUCAAAUUUCCUAUGAAUCGAAUGUAAUACCAACCGAUAGCGAUACUACUGACGAAAACAUGAUGAGCUAUAAAAUGUUGUUUAUUGUGAAUGGUUCACUUUCUAUGAGUUCGGGCAAAAUGGCAGCGCAAGUCGCACAUUCUGCUGUUGAUUUAUAUCAAAAAAUUCUUGAUCAGCGUCUGAUGGCUAUAAAUUUUUGGCGUAUUAGUGGACAAAAGAAAAUUGUUGUUCGCGGUGAUUCAACUGAAGAAUUACUCGAUAUUCAACAGCGUGUCUCCGUAAAUAAAGCUGUAGUCACAUCGAUUAUUCGUGAUGCUGGUCGAACUGAAAUCGCUAGUGGAUCAAUCACAUGUCUUGGCUUGUUUGGUAAUGAUAGUCAAUUGGAUUCGAUAACGCGUCAUUUAAAAUUAAUGAAUGACUGUUUAAAAUGCAGUGGUACGAAUUCUCAGCAGCAAAAAAACAAAAAGAAGAAACAAGAUACAGAUGCUCCAUCAUCGUCGCCGCCACCACCACCAACCACAAAUUCAGAUGAUGGAUCGAACAUCUAA